GUUAUCAUUCACACUGCUUCUCUGCACUUAAAACUAAAACAAGCCAAACACAUUGUUUAGUUUCCUGUCAAUGGAGGAUACUGAGUCAACAACUACAGACAGAACAACUGGAAAGGAUGGAAAUCAGGAGGCAGACCACAGAGUGCUGAUGUCCAGCAAGCCUCUGCAUCGCUUCGUCCAAAGAGAGCCCAGAAGUCUUGGGAUUGCCAUUCUGAUCUGUGGCUGCGCAGAGGUCCUGAUGGGAAUUCAACUUGCCAGUGAACAUGUGGGAACCUCUUCUGCAAUCUACACCCCCUUCUGGCAGGGAGCUCUGUUUCUUCUCUGUGGAAGCUUGUCUAUCUACACUGAAGUAUACCCAUCCAAAAAGAUGGUGACAGUGUGUUUGUCCAUGUAUGUGGUGUCCCUCUUGGGAAUUGUAGUCUCUAUCGGCUACAGGAUACAAUGCUUCGCACAUUAUGGCUACCUUAAGUACUCACAAUACUAUGACCGUGAGUGGAACAACAAAAGAAUCGACCAGCUUUUUGGUAUUGAAGGCAUAUUAUUCAUGUCCUCUCUGUGUGUGUCAGUGAUUCUUAUCUUCCUGUGUGUCGUCGCACGUUUAGCUCUGAAAUCCACACACUCUCAGGUCAUUGUCCAGCUCAUCCCGCCACCUAAGACUAACACGACAUCAACCUAAGAUCAACCAAGAGUGGUGUUCCUGAAGUACACCCAAACUGUAAAAAAGAUUAUUCUGCACAGUUUGGUCAUUGUGGACUGGACAAAUUAAAGCAACUACAAGGAGUUUUUAACUGGUUAUGAAACCAUCUCAGUGUAAUACUGGUGCCUCUAUAUGACCUACAUAAGCCAUCAGUGAGAAGAAAUUAGCUCUUUCUAUACAGUCACUACAUGUUUGCCAUCAGGUCGGAUUUUCCUACAAAAUCAGACAAAGCAAUUUACAGCUUGCAGACCACAAGAGCAGAUGUUUACAUUACAUUUCAUUGUAGCAUGAGGGAGAAAAACACAUUACUAAGACGAAGGGAGGACAUUUCUCUUUGCUCAAUAACGUUAAAUGUAAUGUUAGAUUUGUUGUUUGAUUCCCUGCUCAUUAUUAAAAAGCUGAGCAAAUAAGAGAGAGAGCAUGAGGCAGAGAGCAGCGGUGGUCAAUCAAGCUAGAGAUUGAAUGAAGGAACAUGACCAGGUGUCACAUUGCCCGAUUUGGUGUGAAUGCAGCCUUACAUUUAAUUUGGUAUAUAAAUGGUACUAAAACAAAUUUUACUUCAUCGUCAUAUUACAAUAAUUAAUCUUACACAAACAAGUGCAGUACUGACCCACAUAUAUUUGCUUUUUGUAAAGGCAUUAAAGUGAUUCCUGUCCUCUUGUGUGGGAAAUAUGUUUAUAUGCACUUAUUAAGGAAACAUAGUAACCACUAAUCCCUCUGUUAAGGCGUACUUACUUACUACAUGAGUCAUAGAAAACAUUAUGUCACUCACAGUGCAUGUCAGACUUUAAGCUUCAAGAAUAAUGGAUACAAUGUACUAAUAAUAAUAUCUAUCAAUAAAGUCAACUGAUUAAUGUUAAUAUUGUCCAAACAGCAAUGCACAGUGAUGAAAUGAUAAAUCAGAGGUACAGUUUGGUCUACAAUCCACCAACCUACAGCUAAUCCAACCAUGAAAAUAAUCUAUAUACUGUAUAGCCUGUCAGUUUAAAGUUUUACUAUGUAUUGUUGCCUACAAUAUUCACACUAUAUGUGCAGUAUUUGGGCAGAGUUUAGACUCUUUUUAAUCUUACAGAUUCUGUUAAUAAAUGUGAUCCUCUGCAGACACGCAGCUGUAAAUGA